ACUGCCUUGACCUUCUCGUCCACGACUCGGACGUGUGGAGCAGCCACCCGGGCGGGCUGGUGGCGUGGUCCUCUUGGGCAGAUUUUUGGGCAGGGUCGUGCCUGCUUGAGGGCAGAGGCGCUGGUCACAGGGCCCUGACACAGACUCAUAUUUUCCCCCUCAAAGCGGAUAGAGCCUUAGCAAAGCCAUGGCAGCUGGCUUUGGGGUACUGGGGGCCUCAGUCACGCUGAGCGAUGCAGCCCUCCUGGGGUUAUUCCGAGCGCCCGGAAGAGUGGUCGCUCCCGCCCCGGAGGGGGAAGGGUGGCCUGUUUCCAAGUCCGGCUUGGUCAGGUGACAGCGGCGCGCCAUACUCAGCAGCAAUAAUGCGGAAGAACAGCGCUGGUGAGGCCGCGCCAGCCUGCAAAGAAGACAGCCGGCCCGCGCGGGGACAUGCGGUCCCGGGAGCUCCCCGGGCUCGUGCUCUCGCUGCUGCUGCUGCUGCCGCUGCUGCUGCCGCCUUGCCCUGCCCGCAGUGCUGCGCGCUUCGACCCCACCUGGGAGUCCCUGGACGCCCGCCAGCUGCCCGCGUGGUUCGACCAGGCCAAGUUCGGCAUCUUCAUCCACUGGGGCGUGUUUUCCGUGCCCAGCUUCGGUAGCGAGUGGUUCUGGUGGUAUUGGCAAAAGGAAAAGAUACCGAAGUAUGUGGAAUUCAUGAAAGAUAAUUACCCUCCUAGUUUCAAAUAUGAAGAUUUUGGACCACUAUUUACAGCAAAAUUUUUUAAUGCCAACCAGUGGGCAGAUAUUUUUCAGGCCUCUGGUGCCAAAUACAUUGUCUUAACUUCAAAACAUCAUGAAGGCUUUACCUUGUGGGGUUCAGAGUAUUCGUGGAACUGGAAUGCCAUAGAUGAGGGGCCCAAGAGGGACAUUGUCAAGGAACUUGAGGUAACCAUUAGGAACAGAACUGACCUGCGUUUUGGACUGUACUAUUCCCUUUUUGAAUGGUUUCAUCCGCUCUUCCUUGAGGAUGAAUCCAGUUCAUUCCAUAAGCGGCAAUUUCCAGUUUCUAAGACAUUGCCAGAGCUCUAUGAGCUAGUGAACACCUAUCAGCCUGAGAUACUGUGGUCGGAUGGUGACGGAGGAGCACCGGAUCAAUACUGGAACAGCACAGGCUUCUUGGCCUGGCUAUAUAAUGAAAGCCCAGUUCGGGAUACAGUAGUCACCAAUGAUCGUUGGGGAGCUGGUAGCAUCUGUAAGCAUGGUGGCUUCUAUACCUGCAGUGAUCGUUAUAACCCAGGACAUCUUUUGCCACAUAAAUGGGAAAACUGCAUGACAAUAGACAAGCUGUCCUGGGGCUACAGGAGGAAUGCUGGAAUCUCUGACUAUCUUACAAUUGAAGAAUUGGUGAAGCAACUUGUAGAAACGGUUUCAUGUGGAGGAAAUCUUUUGAUGAAUAUUGGGCCCACGCUAGAUGGCACCAUUUCUGUAGUUUUUGAGGAGCGACUGAGGCAAAUGGGGUCCUGGCUAAGAGUCAAUGGAGAAGCUAUUUAUGAAACUCAUACCUGGCGAUCCCAGAAUGACACUGUCACCUCAGAUGUGUGGUACACAUCCAAGCCUAAAGAAAAAUUGGUCUAUGCCAUUUUUCUUAAAUGGCCCAUAUCAGGACAGCUGUUCCUUGGCCAGCCCAAAGCUAUUCUAGGGGCAACACAGGAAGGGGAAGACACACCAGGGAUACAAGUGCACAGAGGGAAGGCCAUAUAAAGACAGCGAGAAGGUGCCAUCUGCAAGUCAAGGACAGAAGUCUGAAGAAACCAAAUCUGCUGACACCUUAAUGUUGGAUUUUCAGCUUCCAGAACUGUGAGAAAAUAAAUUUCUGUUGUUUAAGCUACUCAGGUUGUGUUUUCCAUUCCCAUUUGCUGCAAUGUAUGUUUAUCAAAGGCUGAGUUUGUGACUGUAGUGGGUCAAAUAGUUUAUGUCCUUUGGAAUGUCCCCAACAAUUUAUGUCCACCUGGAACCUCAAAAUGUGUUCUCACUUGAAAGUUGUGUCUUUGCAGAUGUAAUAGGUAAGUAUUAGAUAAGGUCAUAUUGGAUAUGGGUAGGUUCUCAAUCCAAUGAGAGUAUCCUUAUAAAUGACAGAAGAAGACACAGAGACAGAAGGUCAUGUGAUGACUAGGCAGAUACUGAAGUUAUGCUGCUGUAAGCCAGGGAAUUUAUGGGGCCAUUUCAAACUGGAAGAGGCAAGAAGUACUGGAAAGAUCUUCCAUAGAGCUUUCAGAGGGAGCAUGGGCCUGCUGACACCUUGAUUUUGGAUUUCUAGCCACCAGAAGUGUGAGAGAAUAAAUUUAAGCCACUUACUGAGUGGUAAUUUGUUAUAGCAGCUCUAGGAAACUGUAACAGUUACCAAACAAAUUGAUUAUGCCAGUUGAACUUUUUAUGAUGAUUGUAUGAGCCAAUGAUGCAAGUGUGAAGAGGUGUAGUUUCUGUGAAAGCCAAGUUAAGUACUUUGGAGAGACUAAAGCUUGUUGACUUUAAAAAUUAAAAAAAUAUAUAAGCUAUUAAUUGUGGGUGAAACUGUUCUAAAAGAUUGGGGGAAAAUACAGUAAAAAUUUUCAAAAAUUCUGCACCUCUGGUUCACACUUAUAUAAUGUAAUGCAUGUAAUUUGUACAAGAAAGAUAAUUAGAGCCAGGUGCAGUAGCUCCAGCUUGUAAUCCCAGCUACUUGAGAGGCUGAGGUGGGAGGAUCUUGAGGCCAGGAAUUCAAGAAAGACAAGUAGAGAACAUCUGUCAGCAGACCUAUAUGGGAAGGCAGCUAUGCUAUGCCACUGUAUCACCAACAGCCCAACUGAGCAGACCUACAUUAAAAGGUUGGAAAAAACCUGGAUCCUAUAGUAAAUAAGUGACAAAUAAAGAUAUUUAAAGUUAAAAUGUCUAUAUACAUAUUUAUGAGACCCUGAUUUAAAUCACUUUUUAGAUUAACCAAACAACUAAAGGUUUCUGAUGAGAGGGCUCCUGCUAUACUAUUAGGAGGCAGAUUUGUACUAUCUAAGACCAAUUGACCUUAUUUUUUUAUUUACUUAUUUUUGGGGUACAGCAUCUUGCUCUGUCACCCAGGCUGGAGUGCAGUGGUAUGAUCUCAGUUCACUGCAACCUCCACCUCCCGGGUUUAAGCAAUUCUGCCUCAGCUUCCCAACUAGCUUUAAAUACAAAUGGUUUUUACCUUGUCAUCUCUUCCACUGCCACAAUUAUACAGAUGCAUAUGAUUCCAGGUCAUAAUUUUCAGCUGAUCAGAUUUGUAUCCUUACAAGGCCACACCUGUUUAGUUUCACAUUUUCCCUGGAUGAAAUCCUGGGUUAAUUUUGUUGGAAGAGAUGUGUGCCCAUUACGCACAUAUUCCUUACUUUCCCAAAAUGCUAUUUUUCAUUAACCCUAUUAAAAAUGAGAAUAUCUCCAUGUUUUGUCAACUUUUGAAAAGAGGCAUUUUCCCUCCUCUUUACUUUUUUUCAGACAGGGUCUCACUCUGUCACUCAGGCUAGAGUG